CACCCAAUAAAUAAAAACACACCACAAUAUAAGCACAAUGGCCUCUCUUUCUCCUUCCACAACCACCACUACCACCACCAACAACCUCUCUGCCGUCGCCCGCAACCCUUCGCAAUCAAAAUCAUCCCAACUUUCUGCCUUUAGAUCCACCCAACGUCGCCGCAUCCCUUCUAAGAUCUCAUGCAAUGCAGCAAACAAUAAUGAGUCCAACAAGUUUGAUAGGAGAAACUUGCUCAUUGGGCUAGGUGGUCUAUAUGGUGCAGCUACCACCUUAACUGGUGGUAAUGAUACCUUAGCUGCCCCUACCGCCCCCGAUGCGACCCAAUGUGUGCCAGCCAAAAUAGAUGAUGGUUCACCCUUACAAUGUUGCCCACCCAAAGCCUCACAAUUUCUCGACUUUAAGCUGCCUAAAGUUAACCCAAACCAGUUGAGGUUCCGACCUGCUGCCCAUUUGGUCGAUGAUGAGUACUUAGCCAAGUACUCUAAAGCUUUAGCCUUAAUGAAAGCUCUACCUGAUAGUGACCCUCGUAGCUUUAAGAACCAAGCAAAUGUGCAUUGUGCUUAUUGUAAUGGGGGUUACAAUCAAGUUGGCUUACCUAAUCUCGAGUUUCAGGUCCAUGGAUCUUGGUUAUUUUUCCCCUUCCAUAGGGCUUACCUAUAUUUCUAUGAAAGAAUCUUAGCUAAUUUGAUCGAUGAUCCAACCUUUUCCAUUCCAUACUGGAACUGGGAUCACCCUGAUGGCAUGUAUAUGCCUUCCAUGUUUAACGACAAAAAUUCGCCUUUCUUCGACGCAAUUCGUGACCAAAACCAUCUCCCACCAACCUUGAUGAAUCUUAGUUACGAUGGGCCGGAUACGGUUAGCGAAUUAACCAAUGAGCAACAAAUAGAACAAAACCUUACAAUCAUGUACAAACAAAUGGUUGUCAAUGCCAAGAAGCCUGUUCUUUUCCUAGGAGCACCUUACCGGGCAGGGGAUCCAGUCAACCCGGGACCUGGAACCUUAGAGAUCCAACCACAUGGAACCGUCCAUAAUUGGACUGGUAACCCACCACCAAAUACUCCAUUUUGGGAGGAUAUGGGUAACUUCUACUCCGCGGGGCGGGACCCGAUCUUCUAUGCCCACCAUGGUAAUGUGGAUAGAACAUGGUCCAUAUGGAAGAAUAUAUCCCCUAAGAAUAAGGAUUUCAAGGACACAGAUUUCUUGAACUCCUAUUUCUACUUCUAUGAUGAAAAUGCUAACCCUAUAAAAAUCUUUGUUAAAGAUGUCUUGGAUACCAAGAAAUUGGGGUACGACUAUCAACAAAUGGACCUCCCUUGGUUGAAAUCAAAGCCAACUCCUAAGCGUAAUCGUCGUCCUAAGAAGCCAGCUGGUAAGAAGCCAGGUAAGAAGCCAGGCAAGAAGCCAGCUAAGAAGGUGUUUUCCACCGUCAAGAAUGCUCGGGCUGCGGAAGCGGAAGCGGAAGCGGAAGCUGAGACAGAUCCUGUCGUGCCAACCUUGGUUUUCCCUAGGCCGUUGGACAACAUCAUUAGGACUAACUUGGCAAGGCCAAGGAAGUCUAGGACUCAGCAAGAGAAGGAUGAUGAAGAAGAGGUUUUGGUGAUCGAUGUCGAAUCGAGAUCGGAUGUUUACUCUAAGUUUGAUGUGUAUGUUAACGAUGAAGAUGAAAGUCCAACGUUGGAAAAUCGUACUCAAACUGAGUACGCAGGAAGUUUCGUAAACGUUCCUCAUAGACAUAGUGGUAAGGAUGGACACUUGAAGAUGACUACUAUUAAAUUUGGAUUAAGUGAGCUAAUUGACGAUUUGGAUGCUAAUGAUGAUGAAGGACUUGAUAUCAUCUUUGUUCCACGUACUGGAACUGAUUCAGUCAUUAUCAAGGAUGUGAGGAUUGAGUUUCAAGAUUGAUCACUAAUUAUGUUGAAAUGACCUUGCAUUAUUGGAGCUGAUUUACUUGUUUAGUUAGCAGCUCCUAAUUAAUUUCCUUUAAUUUGGUUGUUAGUUGCUCUUAUUUCUGCAUCUUGGGAGUUAAUUAUUAUUUGUUGGAUCUUGUCUUCAUGGUUAAGUUGUAUCUUAUCCAAGUAAUAAUAUAAUCUCCAUUUAUUAUAA